AUGAAUUUCGAGAUGAACCUUGAUUCUAGUUCUUCUAGUUCAAGUGAGGAUGAAAUCUAUGACUAUAGGUUGAUGGAUUUUGUCGAAGAGAGUUGUGAAAUACAAGAUGUAGAGGAUGCAUUAAGAUACAUUGUUAACUCCACCGUCGAAGAAGAUGGAAAUGAGGUUUCACGUCCAAGAAAGAAGAGAACUUAUAUUUCUAGAGAUCGAGAAUCAGCAAACGGCCGUUUGAUAGCUAACUACUUCAGUAACCAACCACUCUACGACAAACGUCAAUUUCGUCGUAGGUUUUGCAUGCGAAAACAUAAAUGCACUGCAGCCAUAAGGGUGUUAGCAUAUGGAUGUGCUGCUGAUCAAAUUGAUGAGUAUCUAAAACUUGGUGCUACAACGUCGAAGGAGUGUCUUAUACACUUUGUUGAUAGUAUAAUUGCAAAAUUUUCGGCAGAAUAUCUUCGAAAGCCAAAUACUGAAGAUCUCCAAUGUCUUGUUAGAGAAGGGGAAGAUAAAGGAUUUCCAGAGAUUUAUGGAUUUGGCAUGGUUUGUUUUGGAACACUAGGAUCUUACAACGACAUAAAUGCACUCCAGUGUUCGCCAGUUUUUUACGACCUUCUCAACAGUCGAGCUCCACAAGUCCAGUUCGACGUGAAUGGAAAUACCCUACAACAAAGGGUACUAACUCACAGAUGGAAUUUAUCCAAAUGGACAACCUUUAUUGACGCCAUAACCGCUCCCCAAACCCAUAAACAAAGGUUUUUCACUCAACAUCAAGAAAGUGCACGAAAGGAUGUUGAACGUGCCUUUGGUGUACACCAAGCUCGAUUUGCAAUAAUUCGAAAACCUGCUUUAGCCUGA